AUGCAGGGAAGAAAAAAAUGGUUCUUGCCAGCCCUCAGCAGCUUCCUCUUCCUGUUCUCAGUAGCCAUGACCAGCUGCUUCCUGUGGUAGUAUCACCUCCCUAAGCUGCAGACUGGUUCCUUGAAGCCAGAGGUGACCCCUCUCCCUGUGAGAAUGUGUCCCCGGCACCCUGAGCUUGUGCCUCUGGCUCACCCCCUCCCAGUGCUGAAGGAGGCACUGGCUAAGGUGGAUGGGAUCCUGUGCCAGGCAAUGUCGGCCCCAGGCCUGGCUGCCUUGUCUGCAUUUGUUAUCCCCAAUGACACCGUGCUCUGGAUGGGGAGCUUUGGGAAGAAGAAUGGCUCAGUCCCAAAUUCUGGGCCCCCUAAUGAGUACACCAUGUACUGGCCUGGGGCCCAGAGCUCUGAUUGCCUUGAUUACCGAGUACUCAUCACCUCCUGGCAUGCUGAGCACUCCGUACGCACACGAUCUUCAGCCAUCUCUAAGAUCUUCCCAGUGCUCAUGUUGUACUGCCUGCGGGAGGAGGGCAUCAUGACCUCCCUGGAUGACCCUAUGGGGCACUAUGACAGCACCUUCUCCAUCAACAACCCACUGGGUGUGGCCCCAGAACCCAAACCACAGGGCCCAACUGGAGAGUUUGAAGAUGUUGGCCCCAUCUCAAAGCCUUCUCCUGUCAUCCUCCGGAGGGUGGCCAGCCAGCUCUCAGGGCUGCCACGACGGUGGCGUUCCACUUCACUGCUGUGGCGAGGGAGCAGCGAGGAGGCCCUGAGCCUGCUCAAGGAUGAUGUGCUGGUGGCCAACCCAGGAACCAGGAGAGGGGUGUGCCGCUACAGCGCGCUGGGCUUCUCGAGCCUGGCCCACGUGCCGGCGGCUCACACCGCCUAGGGCGACUCUGAGCGCUGGGUGUCGGAGGAGGUGCUGGAGCCGCUGGGGAUGAGCGACACCGGCUUCACGCUGACCCGCACGGUGCGCGCCGGUUUCUAUAGCGGCGGCCAGCCCGCGCCGCUUUACGACCUGGGCUGAUACCAGCCGUUGGGCCAGAAGUUGACGGCGGCCGACCUGGCCAGGCUGGCGGCGGCGCCGCUGGGCGGCGGGCCCCGACGGCUGCUAAGGCCGGGCGGCCUGGACACUCUGCUGGCCCCGCUGCAGGCCUGCCCUGACGGCUACUUCGCGCGCGAGACCGGCACGCCGUGGGAGUUCCACGUGCGGCCCGGAUACCGCGUAGCGCGCAAGGACGGCGACUUGGACCGCCACGCAGCCAGCCUGGCACUUGUGCCGCCGCUGCGCCUGGGGCUCGUGCUGCUGCUGGCGGGGCCGCGGCCGUCCGCGCGAGACCUGGUGGCCGAAGCCCUGAACUCGCUGCUGCCCGCCCUGGAGCGCGCGCUCCGCGCCGCCGAGCGCGUCCCCGCCCCUCCGCCCCGCGCGCGUCCAUUCACCGGCUUCUUCAGCUUUGCCCACUGCACGUUCUACGAGGUGCGCGCCGCCGGCCGCGGGGGUGAGCUGCGCCUGCGCCAGUUCGGGCCGCGCGUCGAGGCGCUAGUGCCCGCCGCCUUCCGAGCGCUCGCUCUGCGCCACGUAUGCGGCCGCGUCUUCCAGCAGCACUGCGCGCUGCCGCUCGGACACGCCUGGCUGGUGCUGGAGGCGCAGCGUGGGUAGCUGGUACGAUUCUACCCACUGGACCAACAUGGGCUGUCCCCCGGCUUCGACGUGCCUGGUCUCAACACCUACAGUGCAAGCUGGUGUUCAGGACCCAGUGAGCCUGGGCCUGCAGCAUUUCCUACCUGCAGCCUCCCCCUGCCUGCAGCCUCCCCUGCCUGCACCUCCUUCUGCCUCCUCUGCCAGUAG